ACCAGACGUUAAAGAAGAAUCUAUAAAUAUAUCCAAUCCAAAUCAAUUCACACAGUUUCUCACGCAAUUUCAUUUGUUUUCUUCUUUCUUCUUCCUGUGCGAUAGAAAAGAAAACAACAACUUUUUUCGAGAAAUCAACAAGAAAAGCCACCAUGCGAUCACCUCGUUCUUCCUCUUGUUCCAAGUGCUCUUCUUCUUCUUCUUCUUCAAGUUAUUCACUCGCUGCAACGAGUUUGAAAAGCAGACUCUUGACGAUAUUCAAGAAAGCUCAGGAGCUUACUACUCUCUGUGAUAUCGAAGCCUGCGUCAUUCAUUAUGGACCUGACGGAGAAAUGAGGACAUGGCCUGAGAACAGAGACAUAGUGAGAUCCCUCGCUCUCCGCUACAUCCAGUUAGACCAAGCCAAGAGACGCAAGAAAAGCGUCAAUCUUUACGAGUUCCUCAACAAGAAUAAGGAGAAGAAGAAGAUGAUCGACAAUUUCAAGAAGGCGAAGAGGAAUGUUGAAGAACUAAAGUAUCCAAUCUCUGAUCAUUACACUCCCGACCAAAUCAACCAACUGAUUCACUCCUUGGAACUAAGCUACUCGAAAUUGCAAGAAAGACGUCGUUUUCUUGCGGCAAAAGCAAACUUGGAUGACCGUCAACAUUCUUUGAACCCCAACCACUUCACCAAGUACCCACAAGAGUCUUGUGUUUAUGAUCAGAACAACAACAACUACAACUUUCAACAUCUUUGCCUUUCAGAUUACUCAACGUUACAUUAUCAGUUGAUGCCUUAUGGUGGUUCUGAUCAGAACAUGAUGUGUAUGGUUAACAACUUUCAACAUCCUUGCGUCUCCUCAAACACAACAGAUUACUCAGUGUUUCCACUAGAGCUACAAGAAUCUGUGAGCAACUACGAGUUGAAUCAGUUGAUGCCUCAUGAGCUUAAUUAUGGCUUUGAUCAGAAUAUGUGUAUGGCUGAUACUACCAACAGCUGCAACGUUGAAGAUCCAUGUCUCUCAGAUGACUUCUGCUUUGAUUUUCAGGACCCUUAUAGUGGUUUCAUGGUCGGUAACCCUAGCUUCUCUCAUGAUUUUAAUCCCGUUAUGUCUUCAAGCUAUGUCGAUGAGAACAGACUACUUCAGGCAUCUACUCUACCAUCCCUCUAGCUCCAACCUUCCUAAUCACAACUCUGAGAUUCCAAACAAUUUACCUGAUGAUCACAGAGAGUGAAGCUGUUUAUGCAUCUGCAUGUUUUUAUUUUGAAUACGCAUAUAUAAAUAUAUGUAACUCUGCAAGACAUAAUUUUUUGUUCUGUUUAUUACACUAUUAUUCAUAUAUCUUUAAUAAAACCUCACUGAAUUUCAAUGGA